CAGGACUGAAGGCGGGGCUCAUCUGGAGACCAUAUUGAUAUGUCUAUUUUUCAAGAUGUGGCUUUCGCGUCAGGCCCCGUGCCAGACAUUCUUCAAGGGUGUUUCUCAAAAUCGAAGGAACCGGACUCGGGUCAAGAUCACCCAAGAAAGCGGCAGAAGUUAAACACAAAGAUAUGGAAUUAUAAGGACAUUCCUUCGUCUAUGUUUCCGGAGUAUUUGACUUUGGCGCACAUAGAAUUGACAAUAACGUUUUCCUCGCCGGCACUUGGCACCAGUGCUGUCCCCUCGGUCUUUGAAAAUGGCACUCCGGAUAAAAUUCCUGUUAUCAUUUUAGCAGUAUCCAAGUUAAACGAUUUCUCUGGCGUAUCCAAUGCUCCUGUGAAAAAAUAUAAGAUUCAGCUUGGAACUAGUAGCUCGGAUGUCAUCUUUGACCAGACACUCGAUUUCCACACAUGGAAUCACGACCCUAUCCUCCCGGGGAAGCUGCCUUCAGCCUUUCCGCCGCGCAAAGAUCCCCCAACAGUAUUUUCAAUGUCCACACUGCGGAAGGUUGAGGGUAACGAACUUUCAUUCAUUCUUGAAACAAAGGUGUUUUGGAAAGAUACAGUUAAGCUCGGGAAAAGGGGCUUUUGGCAGAAUAAAGCAUUUUCAACAUAUCUGCCAGGCGCGCCACAGGAACGUCACGAAACCACACGCCCCCGUCGGGAUUGGCGGCAGUGGCGCGUUGAAAAGAGAAUCUGGAGCCCUAGCGAGUUUUACGAGAGUGCUCAUGUCCCUUCCAAAAGUUUGGAUCUGCCGCUAAGCACUAUACCGGUUCAAUGUCAGCUUUUCCCUUUCCAGAGGAGAACAGUUAGGUGGCUACUUGAAAGAGAAGGUGUAAAGCUCCUUCCGGAUGGUAAAGUGCAGGAUUGUUCUUCACCUCCUCCGGGCUCUGCUCUUCCCGACUCUUUCUCUCAGAUAACAGAUGCGGACGGACAUAUCUGUUAUUUCAGUCACCUUUACUGGGUUAUGACCUCCGAGAUUAAGGAGUGGAGCAGUACUACGACACUGAAAGGCGGUAUUCUCGCUGAGGAAAUGGGACUUGGCAAGACCGUGGAAAUUAUCACUCUGAUUUUAUUGCACCGGAGGCCUGCUUCUGAGCAGGGCCUGCCAUUACUUCGGCAACCGCCUGCCAUUACCGAAUCCGGUGCCACCCUGAUCAUCACUCCAUUUACUCUCCUUGAACAAUGGAAACAGGAAAUCUCAUCUCGUGCUCCACAUCUUCGAUAUACGUACUAUCGGGGUAUCAAUCGCAUGAAAGGGAGCGAUGAGGAAUUGGUACAAAAACUAGCAUCCCGUGACAUUGUUCUCACAACGUUCAAUAUCUUACAGGGAGAAGUUCAUUACGCGGAAGAUCCACCUGACCGUUCACUACGCAGUGAGAAGAAAUCGAUUCCAAGGAAAUCCCCCCUGGUCAAAAUAUUUUGGUGGAGAGUUUGUAUCGAUGAAGCUCAAAUGAUUGAAACUAAAGCGGGCCAUGCGGCGAGGGUGGCGAGGCUUAUUCCGCGGCGCAACGCUUGGGCAGUAACAGGUACACCACUUCGAAAGGAUAUGAAUGACUUGCUCGGUAUACUUUCAUUUCUACAUAUUCACCCAUUAUGCGAUUGGUCGGAUGCAUGGGUUCGAUUAUACGAGAUCCACAAGCCCCUAUUCAAAGAAAUUGUUGGUCGCAUUGUCCUGCGCCAUAAUAAGGAUAUGAUACGUGAUGAAUUACACCUACCUCUUCAGAAGCGCGUUGUUAUAACUAUCCCGUUCACACCAGUGGAAGAACAACAUUACCAUCAACUUUUUGAACAAAUGUGCGACGAAUGCGGAGUCGACGCAUUAGGAGACCCUCGUACAGCAGAUUUGGAUCUUAAUUCGAAACACGUCAUUGACGCAAUGAGGCGCUGGUUAACAAGGCUUCGCCAGGCUUGUCUCCAUCCUGAAGUAGCUAGUGCUGGCCGCAAGGGUUUGGGAGCGAGUAGCGGUCCACUUCGCUCCGUCGCAGAGGUUUUGGAGGUGAUGAUUGACCAGAAUGAAGCUCGUAUCCGUACAGAGGAACGCUCACUUCUUUUGUCUCAAAUUCGCCGCGGCCAGCUGCUGGAGAAUGCUGGCCAGCCCAAGGAGGCCUUGGAGCUGUGGCAAGCCGCGUUGGCGUUGGCUGAGUCUAAUGUUAAGGAUUCUCGAGUUCAGCUUGAAAAUGAACGUAAGAAGGAGCAGAUCGCAUGGCCGAGUGGUGUGCAAAAUUCCUCAGAUGAUGAGGGUGAUGCUGAUGACGGGAAAGGAGAGAUGAAUUCCAAGAUGGCGGCUUAUCGCAGUCGUCUCCGGAGUGCCUUGGAAAUCGAACAUAUUUGCAAAUUUUUCAUUGCAAAUGCGUAUUAUCAGAUCAAAACUAAUGCGGAACUCACAGAUCCUGACUCGAAAGAGUUUUUCGCUCUGGAAAAGCUCGAGGUAGAGAACUACGAGGCAGCAAAGCUUAUUCGAAAAGAGAUGCUAGCCGAGAUAGAUCAAAGAACCAGUCGAUCUAUCCAACAGCUUCAAGCGAAAGUUGAUAGCAAAAGACUUGUACAAAUCCCUGAAAUGUCACCAAGGCUGGAUCUCAGUGGCAUCGAAAGUCGAAGACUUCUAGACAAGCUUGAAGACUUUUGUGAGGCAACGAAUAAACUUACACGGCAGUAUAUUGAGUGGCGCGCACAUGCUCUCAAGCUACUCUUGGAGCCGCUAGUAGACGAAGAAGACGAUAAUGCCAAGUUGGAGGGCGACGAGAAUAGGUUAGAUCUUGCAGAAAUCGGAGAGGGCCCAUCACCUAAGGUUUACAUCUCCAUCAUGAAGACGCGCAAAAGACUGAAGCCUCCGAAUGAGCUCGGAUCGCUUCGCGGUAUUCUUACAGAAUUGCGUAGCCUUGUGGUAUCUCUCGAAUCGCAGGAAGCCCGGGGUAGCACUCGAGCCCGUGCUGAACUUGGUAUAGUCAAUCGUAUUCUGCAAGACUCGAGCCAGAUGUCAUCGGAGCAAGCAAAGACUUCGCUGGAUUUGGAGAAGGAAGUGCAGCUUUUCCACAAUGUCAUGAAUCGGCGUUUGGAGUAUUAUAGGCAACUACAGCAGAUUUCGGAUACUGUCGCGCCUUACGAUGAAGAUAGUAGAGGCAAACCGCUUAAUGCCGCUCUCUUUGACAGCAUGCUUGAUUUGGAGGACAAAAUGCAGGAGAAGAUAUCAGUAUUGAAGUCUAAACAUAGGUAUCUUAUCCAUCUUCGAGAUGAUUCUGGGGCUGAGGAGUCAGGAAGACUAUGUGUCAUAUGCCAAUCGACCUUUGAAAUCGGUGUCUUGACCGUAUGUGGUCACAAAUAUUGCAGCGACUGCCUGCGAUCCUGGUGGCGCCAACACAAAACUUGUCCGAUGUGCAAGAUACGCCUGAAAGGCAGCGAUUUCCAUCAAAUUGCUUACAAACCCACAGAGAUUGUCGCGCAGGAAGAAAAGUCCAUUGCAGCACACGUCCGGGAUUCUGGCCAUUCUCUGGAGAACUUGAUAUAUUCCGACAUUAGUUCAGGCAUGUUGAAGGAAAUUAGAAAUAUUGAAAUUGAAGGUUCCUUCGGAACAAAAAUUGAUACUCUGGGUCGCCAUUUGAUUUGGUUACGACAACACGAUCCGGGUGCAAAAUCAAUUGUCUUCUCGCAGUAUAAGCCUUUCCUGGGGAUUCUUGGGCGUGCUUUUUCGCACUUCAAAAUUGGAUAUAGUAGCAUUGACAGUUCUGACGGGGUUGAACAGUUUAAAACUGAUCCUUCUGUCGAGUGCUUCCUCCUGCAUGCGAAAGCUCAUUCCUCGGGGCUAAACCUCAUCAACGCUACGCACGUUUUUCUUUGCGAGCCAUUAAUCAAUACUGCAAUUGAGCUUCAGGCCAUCGCCCGUGUUCAUCGUAUUGGGCAGAAACAGGAAACAACAGUUUGGAUGUAUCUCGUAUCUGAUUCCGUCGAGGAAUCUAUCUACGAUAUUUCCGUAUCGCGGCGGCUGGCUCACAUUGCUCAAAAACGCAGGCAGCAUAGUGUGAAAAGCCAGAACCACAAUUUGGGAAUUGGUGAAAGAGGAGGAGAAGAUGAUGAAGAUGAAAAUGGACAUGUUCCUAUAGAGACAGUCAUUGAGGCUGCAAACUCUCUAGAAAUACAAGAUGCGAAGCUGGGCAAUUUAAUGGCGGGGACUGCGGCUGAGGGAGAACUGGUUCCUGACGACGAUCUGUGGCAGUGCUUGUUUGCUAAGAGUAACAGGAGGGCGAAAUCGAGGGUGGACUCAGGGAAUGUGCCAAAUAAUAUUGAUCGGCUUUUGAGGGCUGAAGCGGCGGAAGGGAGGAUUGAAGCAGCUGGGAAUGGCGAUAAUGAUGUAGUUGGGCCGAACAGGUAUCCCAGCCAUGUGCGACCACGUUGGCGGUGGGUAUAA